AACAACGAUCAACAGCGCAUGUCGAGCGACAACCGCAUCGCUGUCAGGCGGUGGCAAUCUCCCUGAGAGCGUCUUCAUUCCUCUCAGUAAUAAUGAAUUUCUCUAAUCCUCAGUCGUCCGUUUACGUACGUAUGUCCCCGAAUAUCAGGGGCAAAUGCACAGAAGAUGCUGAACGAUAUAAUAAAUAUAACCCACUUUUGGCCCAGAUUCCACGCGAGGGAAACAAUACAUGCUCACUAUAUUCGGUAGGGGGAAAUAUUCGAUAAAACAAGGGCACACACCCUUUCCCCGCCUUUUCUUCUUUUACCUCGACGCGGACGUUCUUUCCUGCAUACCGUCGCUCCCUACUUUCAUCUAUCCACCUAGUACUAAGACAUCCAAGAUGUCUGCCUCGCCCCACCAAGAGGAAGUGCGGGAUAAAUCUCAGGAGGAUUUCGAAGAGGAACAGCAAGUUGAAGAUACUGAGGGCGCAGCAGAUGCCAACGAUGCUCCGCCUGUCAAAAGGGGACGCGGGCGUCCUAAGGGAAGCAAGAACAAGAAGUCAGGGGGGACUUCUACCACCACAGCAACCGCAGAGGCUGGUGCUAAGAGGAAACGCGGCCGGCCCCCGAAGGAGAAGAAAGAGGAAGCUGCUGAUGGCGAACCGCCUGCCAAACGCAGACGCGGUCGCCCACCUAAGGCAAAGGCGGAGUCAGCACCUGACACACUCUCAGAACCAGCACCUGAUGCCGCUGGAGAAUCAAGUACAAAGAAAAAGCGCGGUCGGCCACCGAAGAAGACCUGAGACACUGGCCUUCUCAAUAUCUGUCUCUCUGCUUUGCUAAUAUGAUUUUAUCCGCUCUCGUUCUGCCGCACCUACUAGAUCUAUCGCUUUCCUGUACUCUCUUUACGACUUAACAUGUUUAGUACCAAUUUCUUGCUUUUAUGAUUUUACUAGGGCGCACAAUAUCUAGACCAUGUAAUGCCACUUUAACCGGAGGUCAUGUAAUCUCUGCUGCAGAUCACUGUACACACGUCCAUUUGACGUCCAUACUUAUUUUUAUCUGCAUGUGAACGGAGAGAGAUUUCGGGUAGACUCAAAAGCUGGCAUUCUCCUUGGACGAAUCGGG